GCAUGCGCAUAACCUCAAUUGAGUGACAAGUGGAAGUGCGUCCAGGUUCCCGGACAAGAGUAAUUUAUCCUAAAAAAUGGUCAAUAAGGAAACUUCUGAGAAGGAAUCCAGUGAGAAGAAGCGCAGGAGGACCACGACUUCAUCCUCAUCCAAUGAUACAACGCCCUCGAAGAUUUCCAAAGAGGAAAAUGUUUACUUGAAUGCCAUCAAGUUCGAGGAGCAGGAGGCUUCUAAGAGAUCUCCAGAGAAAGAUUCCAAGCUGUAUCAUCAAACUUGUGAGGAUUUGCGUAAGAUCUUUUCUGAUGUGUAUGCCCUGAAGAAGGAUCCGGAAAAGAAUCGUCAUGAGAUUGCUGAGAAACGCGUGGAUGGUUCCAUGAUGGUGGUGUUGCUGAAGAAACUCAAUCGUCUGGAUAAGCUACGCAUAAGAUCGGGCAGAGAUUCACUGCAUCGGGAAAAGCUCAAUGUUGACAGCAAUCGUCUGCAGCUGCAGAAUCUCCUGUAUGAGGCUGAUCAUCUGAAGCGUGAAGUGCAGCGUUGCUAUCAAUUCAAGAGUCAGGAUGAGGACAUUGACCUAGUUUCCGUGGAGGAAUUCUAUGAAAAAGCUCCAGAGAGCAUUUCCCGUCCGGAAAAAACCAAGAACGACGAGCAUGCUCGAAGAUUGGCACGUCUGGAGUGGGAAUUGCAGCAGCGGAAGGAACUGGCGACGCUCUACAAGGAUUUGCAGGCAUCGAAGGAAUUGGUGGCUGAGGACAUAAACAGUAAGGCUGAGCGUUUGGCAUCAUUGGCUCCUCGGCUACAGAGUCUCCUUAAGGCUACUCGUCCACUCCAGGAAGCUCUGGAAAUGGGAGUGGAGAAGGAAUGGGAAGUGCAGAAGCUCGCACGACUUCUUCCACGUCCUCUGUAUCUGUUCUAUUCGAAUGCUCAGGGAUUUGCAGAUGCCUGCGAUAAAUACAUGGCCAUAUCAAUUGACGGGGACGAGGAGGAAGCCAAACAAAUUGAAGAUUCCACCAAGGAAACUCAGGAAGACUCCGAGGACAAUCCAGCUGAUUCGGACAAUGAAGACAAUGAGGCCGAUAAGAGUCAUCAUCGUGGACGUCUGUCCAAGACACUGAUUCUCGAACAGAAGCGCACAAAUCUCUUCAAGCCCCAUCCUCUGAGUGUCACAGUCAGUCUCUCCUCCAAGGACAAAAGCAAGGGAAUCCUUUCCAUCAUCUUCAAUUUCCUUCCGGAAUUGGGAAUCGUGGCUGCCCGGUGCAAAGUCCGGGAGGUGCAAAACGUCGGUGUCAGUGCAGGAGACGUCAUAAAUCCUGGAAGUCUCUUAAAUUGUCUCUUCCCUGAUGACUACGGUAGCGAAAGUCCGAGUUCCAGGAGCAAAUUUCAGCUGGAAGCUGUUGGACUCGAGGCCAAUCGGAUGAUCUCAAUGCUCCUAGAGAAGCGACUAGGGAAGCCCUACAGAUGGGCUCAGCGCGUCUGUGGCCUGGAAAUGUCACCUAAGGGAGAUGUCCUGGCAUCCGAUGAUCUCUCUCAGACAUCCAUGUCCAGUGUUAUUAAGCAAAUCCGGAGUCGCUGGACAUCCCGGGUAAAUCUCUAUAGGCAAAUUGUGACACUCGAGGCUGGAAAUAUAGACCUUCCCAAGAAUCAUCCCGAUGAAAAAGUUCCCAUGAGGAUCUCAUGUCGUCUAUCUAGCUGGAUCGGUUCUACAUGGCAGGAAUUCAGCUCACAUCCCUUCACCAAUAAAUUCAUCGAGGAAAAUCUCGUUUCGGAAAAUGACCUGUUCUUCCAAGCCACAAUCACGCGAGAUUCCGCGAAACUGGUCUGUUUUGUUGCCGUAGGAUGUGACUUUCCAGCUCAGCUUCCCGUCUGGGCUGUGCGUCUGAACUGGAACGGACAGCACGAUGCUACCAACAAUCCGGCUGUCAGGGACAUGGAAUACUGGGUGAACACACUUGAGGAAGGAGUCAAAAGUCGUAAGGCGUGCGUCCUGGUCAGUCAAUUGAGAAGAAUCAUGACAUCAAUGGACAUUCUCCUGGAAACUGAAUCAAUACUCCGUGCAAAGACAGACUUUCCAGCUGAGAAGACCUUCAUCAAGGCCUUCCGGGGGAGGCAGAGAUCCCGUCCGUACAGGAUGAUGGAGAAUGGAGGAGGAGUGGUCUACACGCAAAUUUAGAAAAGAAAUUUUCUCCUUGGAUUUCUUCAUUUGGAUUUUAUAGAGGAAUUUGAUAAAUAAAUGAGAAUUUUCCCAAGAAAUAUUAUA